AUGGCGGGCGGCGGGAGUGUUCAUGCCGUCAUUGCGCUGGUUGCGCUGCUCCUCAUCCUCGCCAUCGCCGCUGCCACUGGCGCGGCACCCAAUACCCUGGGCACGCGGGGCGAGGAAGAUUGCCAAGCCGCUGAAGUCCCACUCACUGCCGGUGCCCCAGAGGACAUCUGCCAGGCGUGCCCCGCGGAAUGCAGAGGACAUCUGCCAGGCAUGCCCCGCGGAAUGCAGAAAUCAAACUGCUUCCUCCCCCCACCACCUCCACCAGCGGAUGUGUGUGGCAACAGCACCAGGAAUCCCUGCAAGUAUGGCUCCUGCAUCAGUGGUGGCCCCGGCUCCUACUCCUGUGUCUGCCCGCCCUAUCGCGUCCCGUCCAAAAGCAACGGAUACCCCACCUGUGAUUACGGGUCGUCUUCUCCAACGCUCAAGGUGCAAGGAGACAACUGGAGGUGCGAGGACGUCUAUCCUCUUUAUGGACUCACGCUAGACGAGUUCACUGCACAGAACAAUGCCGUGGACUGCUCAACUGCCCUCACCCGGGGUCAAACGCUCAACGUGACUGAGAGGGGCGACUUGACCUCCUGCUCUGUCUUCUACUACAUUCAGAAGGGCGACACAUGCGAGUCAGUGAGUCAGUGGCAGCAUCUCUCGGCAUCUCCUUCCAAUCUCUGCAGCAGCUCAACCCCGGCUUUAACUGCUCCUCGCCACUCCCACCUCUCUGCUCCGCCACCCUUACUCCUCCCCAUCCCCAAGCAGGGCGACACAUGUGAGUCAGUGGCCGCCUCCCUCGGCAUCUCCUCCCUAUCCCUCGAGAGCCUCAACCCCGGCGUUCACUGCUCCUCACCCCUGCCCCCGUCACGCUCCCUCUGCAUGGAGCGGGAAGAUGGGGCGGAUGACGGAAGUGGAGAGUACUGCAAUACAGUGUACUCGGUCAGCGGCACGAGCAGCUGUGCGCAGGUGGUGAACGACUUUGAGUUCUCUUCCUCGCUGGAGCUCUACCGGCUGAACCCAGGGCUCGUGUGCUACAGCUCACUAACUGCCAAUCGGGAGGUGAGUGUGCUACAGCUCACUAACUGCCAAUCGGGAGGUGAGUGUGCUACACCUCACUAA